CAAGAUAUUGGCAUCGAACGUUGUGAAAACGCCCCUUUUUUCCGUUUAAAUUUGGUCUAAUUACCGCCAUUCUUUCUCACGCUUUGUUGUCUACUCUCUUAUUAGACGUGAGGGAGUGGUUCUAGCAGCGAGAGGACGCGCGCUUUCUUUGUGUUUUCUCAGUAGCAUUGACAGAAAAGUAAAUCCUGAUACCAUGGCAGACGCAGCUGACAUUAAAGUAAAAGAGUUGGAAAAGCGUGCCUCUGGCCAAGCUUUUGAGCUUAUAUUGAGCCCUCCAUCAGCUGAAGCUGUUCCAGAACUUGCUCUAGCCUCUCCUAAGAAAAAGGAAUGCUCAUUGGAGGAAAUUCAGAAGAAGCUGGAAGCAGCAGAAGAAAGGCGCAAAUUGCACGAGGCUGAACUGUUGAAGCAGCUUGCUGAGAAAAGAGAACACGAGAAAGAGGUUCUGCAGAAAGCUAUUGAGGAGAACAAUAACUUCAGCAAAAUGGCAGAAGAAAAACUCUCUCACAAAAUGGAGGCCAACAAAGAAAACCGUGAAGCUCAAAUAGCUGCAAAGCUAGAGAGACUACGAGAGAAGGAUAAGAAAGUUGAAGAGAUCCGAAAGGGAAAAGAAACCAAAGAAGGUGGUGACAGUUAAGAAGACUGAGCCAAUAUCUAACUUUUGAUGUCCCCUCCCUUUUCUGUAGAUGGCUAGCAGCUGUAAUGAUGUAGUGUUAACUUACACCCUGUUUGCUUGAAUAGGGCAUUUCACAGCUCCAGUCUUCUUACGCUGCCAGUUCCUGUUGUAUCGUACUGGAAAGUUUUGGUGUGGGGUUUUCUAGUAUUGUUAUGCCAGUGUUCAGACUUACAUAUUGCACUUAAUUCUCAAUGGUUAUCUGUUACUUGUAAUAGUUUGUCUUAAUAAAACAAUUUGUCAGGAAA